AUGAACGUGAAUCGAGAUUCAGAUGAUACGUUCCCUAAUGUGUGUUUGACUGAUAGUAGUGAAGAUGACCUUGCAACUGAGGAUCUUGAGACACUCGCAUUUCUUGCGAGGGCUGGUAGAGAAGCACAACAACAGCUUAGACAGCCACAACACAAUAUUGGAUUACGGGGACAUCAAUAUAUUUUGGAAGUUUUGAAUGGGAAUCCAAGAAAUUGUCGCGAGUUAUUCCGACUUGAGGUUGAUGCCUUCCGCGCAUUAUGCAGCUUGUUACGUUCAAAUAGAUUUUUGAAGGAUACUAGAAAAGGGUUGACCGUCGAGGAACAAAUAGGCAUGUUCACAUCGGUAGUGGCAGCUGGAGACGAACAACGGAUUGUGGGGCAGCGCUUUCAACAUUCAACAGAAACUGUUAAUGCCCAUGUGAGGAACGUUAUGAAGGCCCUGUGUAGGCUAGGGACACAUCUUAUUUACCCAACUCACACAUCCGGGGUGCACCCAACAAUCGCAGCCAAUCCGAGAAAUUAUCCUUGGUUUGAGGGAUGCAUUGGUGCAAUUGAUGGGACCAUGAUCGACGCUGUUGUACCUGCAGAGGUGCGUGAGGCAUAUCGCAACCGGCAUGGCAAAGUUGCCCAAAACGUAUUGUGUGUAUGUGACUUGGACAUGAAAUUCACAUUCCUGUACACUGGUUGGGAGGGGAGCUCGCAUGAUGCACGUGUAUUCAUCGAUGCAUUGUCUCAGGGCCGCAACGCAUUUCCAAUGCCUCUCGAUGGUCAUUAUUAUCUAGUCGAUUCGGCGUAUCCAUGUACUCGAGGAUUUAUGCCCCCUUACCCUAGAGAGAGAUAUCAUAGAAGUGACCGUCAGGGUCAGCGGGGAUUUAGGGGGUAUAAAGAUUAUUUUAAUCAUCGUCAUUCAUGUAUUCGUAACGUAAUAGAACGUACAUUUGGGGUCUUGAAAUCACGAUUUAGAAUUUUAAGACUCAUGCCUGGUUAUAAAGUUGGGAGGCAAGGGGAUCUGAUCAUUGCAUGUUGUACGUUACACAAUUUUAUUAGAAUGACGAGCCCGAAUGACAGGUUGUUCGAGGAGUGGAGAGAUAUGGAGCUCAGUCCAAGCGGUCGUGCAUAUAGCGACGCCGCAGUUUCAGGAAAUCAUCCUGACAUGACCGUCGAAUCAGCCCGAGCUAUGGCUGCAAUUAGGGAUGACAUUGCCAAACGUAUGUGGGAAGCUAGGAGUGGUCAUUGACUUAUAUUGAUAAAUAUUGACAUUAUUGAGACUAUAUAAGGGUGUAGUUAGAGAUUCAAAUGUAUUGCAAAUUUUA